GGCGGAGGCGUCCGUUCAAGGGCUGGAGCGCGGCCCUGAGCGGCGGAGGGAUCCCGGGUGAGGCGGCUUCCCGAAGUCAGAGGGGAGGGGGCCAAAAAAGUCGGCGGGGGGAAGGGAAGCGCGAGCUCGCGCCGGACGCGGCCAGGGCCGGGAAACCAGAACCGGAACCGGAACCCGCGCGCGCGCCCGCGGUUGCGCGGCCCCCACUGCCGCCGGCCUCCUCCGCUGCCUGCGCGCGCGCCCGCGAGGGCCUCCAGAACCCGGCGAGCCGGCCCUGCGCGGGGAGACGCGGCCGCCUCCGCCUCCGCCUCCCGGACCAGGGCUUCCAGGCCGGGCCGGACGGGCAUCUCCCGCCCCUCGCGGGGAGCGUCGGGGAGGAGUCGCCGCCUCUGGCGAUUGCGGAAGAGUCCGGGCCUCACAGGGAUGGGGAGCAGUCCGCGGCGCUGAGAGACCCGGGUCCCUGUCACCUCCGGCCGCGGGACCUCUUCCCCGGCGCCCGCGGCUCGUCCCAGCACCGGGAGCCUGGUGGGGCCGGCGAGCACAGGAGGAGCCCCGGGCCCGGGACAUGGAAUCGCGCGAGCUCGGCGCGGGACAGCCGGAGGCGCGGCCAACGCUGCGGCCACGAGCAGCCGGCAGCCCCAGAUAGAGAGCUGGGAGGGAGGGCCCCGACCCUUGCCGCGGCGGGGAGUUCGAGGCCCCGAGACUCCGGAGGAGGAGCCGACACCCGUCCGUGAGCUGAUCCCGCCCCAGCCCCGGCGGGAGUCCCGGGUCCACUUCCCACGGCGCGCGGAUUUCCCUCUCUGAGGAAGUUUAUCCUUGUGCCUUCUGGAGGAUCUCUCGCUAGCUCGACUCACUCUGGACUGACUCACUCCCUGGCUUUCUCAGUUUGUUUUGGGAGAUAACUUGUUUUGCUCCAAGCCGCAUCCGUUGACCCCUUCCAAUCGGAUGGUCUAGAUGACUGAAUGGAGUUUUGAGUUGGACUUUUGUGUCCCUGACGGAGUUGGGCCUGAUCCCAGAGCACUGGGGGUGGGGAGGAGGUGUUACUGUAAAAUGCAAGUUGGAUAAAAGGAGGACCUCUCGCCAAGGGCCCCAAUGAGUGGCACACAGUCUACUAUCACCGACAGGUUUCCCCUCAAAAAACCUAUAAGGCAUGGAAGUAUUUUGAACCGAGAGUCACCAACAGAUAAGAAGCAGAAAGUUGAGCGCAUUGCAUCACAUGAUUUUGACCCCACAGGUCUUGUUCAGCGUUGCGUAAUCAUCCAGAAAGAUGACAAUGGAUUUGGGCUGACGGUCAGUGGAGACAAUCCAGUCUUCGUACAGUCUGUCAAAGAAGAUGGAGCAGCCAUGCGGGCUGGAGUACAGACAGGUGAUCGAAUCAUCAAGGUGAAUGGAACUCUGGUGACUCAUUCAAAUCAUCUGGAGGUGGUGAAGCUAAUCAAAUCUGGUUCCUAUGUAGCUCUCACUGUUCAGGGACGCCCACCUGGGUCGCCCCAGAUUCCACUUGCCGACUCUGAAGUAGAGCCAUCAGUCAUUGGACAUAUGUCUCCCAUCAUGACAUCUCCUCAUUCACCUGGAGCAUCUGGGAAUAUGGAGAGAAUCACUAGUCCUGUGCUCAUGGGGGAGGAAAACAAUGUGGUUCAUAACCAGAAAGUAGAAAUUCUGAGAAAAAUGUUACAGAAAGAACAGGAACGGCUACAGUUAUUGCAGGAAGAUUACAACCGAACACCUGCCCAAAGAUUGCUAAAAGAGAUCCAAGAGGCCAAGAAACACAUUCCUCAGCUGCAAGAGCAGUUAUCCAAAGCCACAGGCUCUGCUCAGGAUGGAGCUGUAGUUACACCCUCCAGACCUUUAGGGGACACCCUAACAGUCAGUGAGGCAGAAACAGAUCCUGGAGAUGGACUGGGCAGGACUGACUGUAGCAGUGGAGAUGCUUCUCGGCCCAGUAGUGACAAUGCAGAUAGUCCCAAGAGUGGCCCAAAAGAGAGGAUUUAUCUAGAGGAAAACUCAGAGAAAAGUGAAACAAUUCAGGACACUGACACUCAAUCACUUGUCGGAAGUCCCUCAACCCGUAUAGCACCUCAUAUUAUUGGAGCAGAAGAUGAUGAUUUUGGUACUGAACAUGAACAGAUCAAUGGACAGUGCAGCUGUUUCCAGAGCAUUGAAUUACUAAAAUCUCGCCCGGCUCAUUUGGCUGUUUUCUUACACCAUGUAGUUUCACAAUUUGACCCUGCAACUUUGCUCUGUUAUCUCUAUUCAGACCUGUAUAAACAUACCAAUUCGAAAGAAACUCGUCGCAUCUUCCUUGAGUUUCAUCAAUUCUUUCUAGAUCGAUCAGCACACCUGAAAGUUUCUGUUCCUGAUGAAAUGUCUGCAGAUCUAGAAAAGAGAAGACCUGAGCUCAUUCCUGAGGAUCUGCAUCGCCACUAUAUCCAAACUAUGCAAGAAAGAGUCCAUCCAGAAGUUCAAAGGCACUUAGAAGAUUUUCGGCAGAAACGUAGUAUGGGACUGACCUUGGCUGAAAGCGAGCUGACUAAACUUGAUGCAGAGCGAGACAAGGACCGAUUGACUUUGGAGAAGGAGCGGACAUGUGCAGAACAGAUUGUUGCCAAAAUUGAAGAAGUAUUGAUGACUGCUCAGGCUGUAGAGGAAGAUAAGAGUUCCACCAUGCAGUAUGUUAUUCUCAUGUAUAUGAAGCAUUUGGGAGUAAAAGUGAAAGAGCCUCGAAAUUUGGAGCACAAACGGGGUCGGAUUGGAUUUCUUCCCAAAAUCAAGCAAAGUAUGAAGAAAGAUAAAGAAGGGGAAGAAAAAGGGAAGCGAAGAGGAUUCCCCAGCAUCCUGGGACCCCCACGGAGACCAAGCCGUCAUGACAACAGUGCAAUUGGCAGAGCCAUGGAACUACAGAAGGCGCGCCACCCUAAGCACUUAUCCACACCCUCAUCUGUGAGUCCUGAACCUCAGGACUCUGCCAAGUUGCGCCAGAGUGGGUUAGCAAACGAAGGAACAGACGCUGGAUACCUGCCUGCCAAUUCCAUGUCUUCUGUAGCUUCAGGGGCCUCUUUUUCCCAGGAAGGAGGGAAAGAGAAUGAUACAGGAUCAAAGCAAGUUGGAGAAACACCAGCACCUGGAGACACCUUAGAUGGCACACCUCGUACUCUCAAUACUGUCUUUGAUUUCCCACCACCUCCAUUAGACCAAGUGCAGGAGGAGGAAUGUGAAGUAGAAAGGGUGACUGAACAUGGGACACCAAAGCCCUUUCGAAAGUUUGACAGUGUAGCUUUUGGAGAAAGUCAAAGUGAGGAUGAACAAUUUGAAAAUGACUUAGAGACAGAUCCACCCAACUGGCAGCAGCUUGUUAGUCGAGAAGUGUUACUGGGACUAAAACCUUGUGAGAUCAAAAGACAGGAAGUGAUUAAUGAAUUGUUCUACACUGAAAGAGCUCAUGUUCGAACGCUGAAGGUUCUUGAUCAAGUGUUCUAUCAGCGAGUGUCCAGAGAAGGAAUUCUGUCACCCUCAGAGCUACGGAAAAUUUUUUCAAACUUGGAAGAUAUUCUUCAACUUCACAUUGGAUUGAAUGAACAAAUGAAGGCUGUUCGAAAGAGAAAUGAGACCUCUGUUAUCGAUCAGAUUGGGGAAGAUUUGCUGACAUGGUUCAGCGGACCGGGAGAGGAGAAAUUGAAACAUGCUGCUGCUACCUUUUGCAGUAACCAACCUUUCGCCCUGGAAAUGAUCAAGUCUCGUCAGAAAAAGGAUUCUCGAUUUCAGACUUUUGUGCAAGAUGCUGAAAGUAAUCCACUGUGUCGUCGUCUUCAACUGAAGGAUAUUAUUCCCACUCAAAUGCAAAGGCUUACUAAGUACCCACUUCUGUUGGAUAAUAUUGCCAAAUACACAGAAUGGCCAACAGAAAGGGAGAAGGUGAAGAAAGCUGCAGAUCACUGUCGUCAGAUCUUAAAUUAUGUAAAUCAGGCUGUCAAGGAGGCAGAAAACAAGCAGCGCCUAGAAGAUUAUCAGCGUCGCCUUGAUACCUCCAGCCUGAAGUUGUCAGAGUACCCAAAUGUUGAAGAGCUCAGGAAUUUGGAUUUAACGAAAAGGAAGAUGAUUCAUGAAGGGCCAUUGGUUUGGAAGGUGAAUAGAGAUAAAACUAUUGAUUUAUACACAUUGCUGCUGGAAGACAUUCUUGUAUUGUUACAAAAGCAGGAUGAUAGACUGGUUUUAAGGUGUCAUAGUAAGAUUCUGGCAUCUACAGCUGAUAGCAAACACACGUUUAGCCCUGUCAUUAAGUUGAGUACAGUGUUGGUUCGACAAGUGGCAACAGAUAACAAAGCUUUAUUCGUCAUUUCCAUGUCAGACAAUGGAGCUCAGAUUUAUGAACUGGUGGCACAGACAGUUUCUGAAAAGACGGUCUGGCAGGACCUAAUCUGUCGGAUGGCUGCAUCAGUGAAGGAGCAGUCCACAAAGCCAAUUCCAUUACCACAGUCAACACCUGGCGAAGGAGAUAAUGAUGAAGAAGAUCCUUCAAAAUUAAAAGAGGAACAGCAUGGCAUUUCAGUCACUGGUUUGCAGAGUCCAGACAGAGAUUUGGGAUUAGAAUCUACCUUAAUAUCGUCAAAACCUCAGUCUCAUUCACUGAGUACCUCUGGGAAAUCAGAGGUACGUGAUCUGUUUGUGGCUGAGAGACAGUUUGCAAAGGAACAACAUACAGAUGGGACGCUAAAGGAAGUUGGAGAAGAUUAUCAAAUUGUAAUCCCAGAUUCACACCUGCCUGUCUCAGAAGAACGGUGGGCAUUGGAUGCACUAAGAAAUUUGGGUUUCUUGAAGCAGUUGCUGGUGCAACAGCUAGGUUUGACUGAGAAGAGCGCUCAGGAAGACUGGCAACAUUUCCCAAGAUAUAGGACAGCCUCUCAGGGGCCGCAGACAGACAGUGUCAUCCAGAACUCUGAAAAUAUUAAGGCCUAUCAUUCUGGUGAAGGACAUAUGCCCUUUAGAACUGGAACUGGUGACAUUGCAACUUGUUACAGUCCACGGACUUCAACUGAAUCUUCUGCUCCGCGGGAUUCAGUGGGACUGGCACCCCAGGAUAGCCAGGCAAGUAACAUUUUAGUAAUGGACCACAUGAUUAUGACCCCAGAGAUGCCUACCAUGGAGCCAGAAGGGGGUCUUGAUGACAGUGGAGAGCACUUUUUUGAUGCCCGUGAAGCACAUAGUGAUGAGAAUCCAUCAGAAGGUGAUGGAGCAGUUAACAAGGAAGAGAAGGAUGUUAAUUUACGCAUCUCAGGAAACUAUCUGAUCCUUGAUGGCUAUGACCUAGUGCAGGAGAGUUCCACAGAUGAGGAGGUUGCUUCCUCACUUACCCAGCAGCCCAGGACAGGCAUCCCUGCUGUGGAAUCCACCCACCAGCAGCAGCAUUCUCCUCAGAACACUCACUCCGAUGGGGCAGGUUCACCAUUCACCCCCGAAUUUCUGGUCCAGCAGCGCUGGGGAGCUAUGGAGGAUUCCUGUUUUGAGAUCCAGAGUCCCUCCUCUUGUGCAGAUUCGCAGAGCCAGAUCAUGGAGUACAUUCAUAAGAUAGAGGCUGACCUUGAACACUUAAAGAAGGUGGAGGAAAGUUACACCAUUCUUUGCCAAAGGCUGGCUGGAUCAGCCCUCACAGACAAGCACUCAGAUAAAAGUUAGAGCCACAUGUCCUGGAGGUGACUGCAGGUUGUUGGAUUUGGAGUAUCGGCCGUGUCUCACCACAUCCUGGCUCCAGUGUGGAUGCAGAGAGAGUGUGACAGAGGAUCUGCCUGUGAACCACCUGGGAUUAGUCAUGUCCCAAGGUGCCCAGAGUGGGACUAGUUCUUCACAGUGUGGCAGCUGCACUAAUCUGUUUGUGAGGGAAUAUCCAUUCCCUCACUCUACUCUCCUCACUAUCAGAAAUUCAUUUUGAUUCAGAAUAAAAACCAAAUGUAUAGAGCUUUGGGUGUAGGAUAUGAAAUUGUACUUAGAUUUAAGAAAAAGAGAAAAUCAGAUGUAUUUAUUUGACUUCAUUCCGUAUUUGAAAGCACAUUUUAAUUUUUAUUUGCCUUGUUUUGUUUUAAUUGAGUAGUGAGAGUUUUAGCCCUUUGUCUUUAGUACACCCAAGGAUCAACUGCUCCUGAAGCAAAGAGGUCAGGAUGGGGUAUGCAGAAGUUGGGUAGAGAGGUUAAGAAGAGGAGGAAGUGAGAAGGGGAAGGGAGGAGCACCUUUCUUCACUAUACAGUAUUCCAAGCUCUCUGCUGUCCAGUAGGCUGCUUCUCUGAGGGUCACCUCAAAGGUAUGCUAUGCCCUGUGGCUCUUAUGUGCCCAGGUAGUGUGAUCAGAGAGUGGAUGGGCUUCCUCCCACCCUGAGGCCAGCACCUCUUCUCUGUAGCUGGGAUCAACCACAAUUAACAGGAAUCCUCAACAUACUAAAUAGCAGGCACUUGAAAAUGGGUGUGUUUUCUUCCAUUGUCGUCUUUUCUAUUGAGGGUUGGGAUUUGGGUGGGAGAAGAAAGCAAAUUUUAUUUUCUUGACUAUAAAUUUGUUAUUCUUGGUAUCAUUUCAUUUUUAUAAUUAUACAUUAGACAUUGGCACUUGUGUAAAACUGUCCCUGCAGAUUGAGCAGGAAGUAAAAACAAAUGGAAAUGCUUUGGAUAGUGGCAGGGGUGGGGGUUGCUAAGGAAGGGGUGGGAUGGGAGUGGGUAAAGAGUUUGGGAAGGUUAUCUAACUGAAUCACUACUGAGUUGAAUCAUGGCUAUCAUUAGCCACGGGUACUGCUGAUUAUAAGGCCAGUAAAAUUUUAGUACCUGGAGGUUUGACUCUAAUUUUUGCACUGAUGGUGCCAAAGGGCCCUGAGUCAAAAGGAGAGCCAAGGGUGGAGUGGAGAAAGAUAUGGUGAAGGCAGAACUGCUCACACCAGCUCCAAAAGCACUUCCUCUGACUUCACUGCUGCAGCUCUUUCCACACUGGGCCGUGAUUGACCCUAAAAAUUGCAGACCAGCACAUACACUGGACACUGCAGGCAAGGUGUUGGCAACUGCCUGCUCUAGGAUGAAUAGUAGCAUUAGCAGCACCCUACAGAGGAUAAGUUUCAGAAUUGUAAUUUGAGAACUCCUUUAAUUAUAUUGACUUUCUUUGGUUUUCCUUGUGCAUUAGGUAUAUAUUUUUUGAAGUAUUUUUGCCAACUAAAAUGAAGUCUGUAAAUUCUGUUGAUAAACAAGGAGUUCAUCCAUUGCUCACAUCUUUCAUUGGUGCCCUCUGAACUCUGUGGGUUGCUAGGAUGUAAUUUUAAUGCUUCCCUGUAGUCCAAAGAUUAUUUUCUCACCACAAAUGGUAAGGGAUGCCCGCCUACUUUCAUAACACCACUACAGCUUCUCACCACAAAUGGUAAGGGAUGCCCGCCUACUUUCAAAACACCACUACAGCUUACUCAACAAAUUUAUUUAUCUAUGUCCACAUUUCUGUUUCUGUCCUAAACUGAUCUGUGUCUUUAGGUGGAUCAACUUGGAUCUUUAGACCUCAUCUAUAAAUUGAAAUUAUAUUUUUAGUCAUAAGCCAUGUAUAAUCUAACUCAGAAUGGGAUUAAAAAUUUUAGAAGCAGAAGCUAAUAUAUAAAUGAAGUUUGGGAUUUGGAACUUUCUGUAUCUCUUAGGAGGGACAAGUGAAAACCAAAUGGUUACAUUGUGCUGCUAGAAAUAAUGUCACUCUCAAUUAAAAGGGUUACACCUGUAGCCACUUGACACUAACACCAUCGGGGACAAUUAAUCAGGAGAAAAGUAAAUAUAAAAACUUUCCUCUUAACGUCACACACUACAGGGUAAUUAUGUAAUUCUCUAGCACCCAAUUAAGAAGCUUGUAGGUUAGCAAAAUUUCAGUUUCUCUAGUUCAGCCAGUAUCUUGUCCUUAGUAAUUAUUUGCUUUUCCUGCAGUUCAGUUUCUCCUUGGAACUCUAACAGGACUAACUGGAAAAAUACUUUGACCAUAGCUCUAGUACUUCCAAAUAAAUUCAUAUCUAGAUUUUCAAACAAAGCCCCAAGAUGAAGUCUAAUUCUGAAAAUAUCUCACAAUUUUUGAAUGUUCUUUUUAUCUUACCGACCUAACUUCUCUUCUCCCUCCCAACUUGGCGUCCCACACCUUCCAUUUCAUUUUGGCAAUAAUUAUAAUCACAUCCAUUUGACUUUGGUUAUGACAUCUUCCUUUCAGGAUGAUGGAAUUAGAUAUGCAGCCUGUCUUUGAGUGAGACUGGUCACCAUCAAAGGAGUUUUUUCUAAGUGACGUGACUAGAAGUUGAAAUCUACUUCCCCGCUAAAGGGCACAGGGGUGGUGUACAAAGAAAGCUACCUUCCCAGAGCAAGCAGGCUGCAUUUUAGCUAUAGAAGUGACCUGCUGUGACACUGUGCUCUCUUCUGUGGGCUUAAUGGCUCCUUUGCUAUGAAGUGGCAAAUUACAUGUAGAGUGUCUCCUUCCUUUUCAGAGAACAGUUAAUCAAGGCAAAUCAGCAAGCCCCCAAAGUGCUGUAAUUUAACAUCAUGAUUACUACCUUCAAAGCUAUAUAUUUUGCAUGCUUUAAAAUCACCUAACUUGGACUGCUUGAAUUAUAUUGGCUUUUAGAACCGAAAUUGUAACUAUGUAUUAUAUUUCAUGGGAGAUAUAUUUUAUAAGCUUUUUGGCUUUCUUUUUUCCCACAGCAACUCUAAUGAAGGAUGAAUCCCCUUUUUAAAAAGUUUUUGUUGUUUAUUUGAUUUUGGGUUAGGAGGGAUAAUAGAGACGUCCAUUUAAAAAUUAUUUUUAGAAGCUAAAGAAAGUAAUAAUGCUUCCUGUGAAUUGUCCUUUACUGGCAUCUUUGUUUUCCUUGAUAUUAGUAAAUUUGGUGUAAUACGUGGGGCUUCCAUAUUUCAAAGUGGAAGCUUUCUUCUCUGAAGUCGAUACAUGGUUUUGAAAUACUAGAGCUUUGGUCAAUAUUUCCUUCCCUAUAUGUCACAGAGGACACCACUGAGAACUAUAUGCAUAGGACUUCAAAAUACAAAAUUAGCAGGACCUUACAGUCAGCUUCCUAAUGGCUAGUUUUUCCUCUUUAUAUUACAAUUUUUGUUUUAUAAAUCAUUUCUUUCCUGAUAUUUCCACCACUUUUCAGAGUCAUCUACAAAAUUUUUCUUUCCUCAAGAAAAGAGUUCCUUUUGCCUUAUUCCUUAUGCCUUCCCCACUGGUAUUGAGGGUUUUGAUAAUAAAUUGGUAGGAAAAAAAAGUACCUCCUAGAAGGAAGCCUUCCCCAUCAUUCCCAGGUGCCAACUGCUAAGCAGAUAUAUUCCAAAAAUGGUAACUGUAAUGUGCACACUGUUGGUUAUUUUUAAUAAGCUUCUUCCUACUAGAACAUUUUAUUUUCCUUGUUCACCAUACAAUCAUGUACUCUUUAACAGAAAUUGCUUUUAAAAGAUUCUGGAACUAUCUUUAAAAAAACUUUAUUAAUAAUCAUGUAUUUUUACUGAUCACAUUUUGAAAUGCCUAAAAGACUUUAUUGUUCUAAUUAUCCAGAUGUACCUUUGUAAAAUAGCUCUUUUAUGAAUUAGCUGAUAAGGCUGUAUGUUUCUGGAACAAAAUAUUGGUCAUCUAAAAACUUUCUGUUUUCUGGGGUCUGGGAAAAUAGAAAAUAAGAGUUCAAAUAUUAAAUAAGCUUAAAGGAA